AAUUCCUUUCGCGUUAGUACACAGGUCAGUAAGACCGGUGUGUACACAUAUGCUUGCAAUCUAUUUACGGUUACAUUAGCUUGACAGCAUUGAAUGACAACUCUGCUGGGAGAUUGUUGUUUGUAGUAAAAGAACUAUUUUCGCUAGCAGAUCAAGCGAUAAUCGAAGAGGUAUUUCUGGUGAUAUGUUGGCGGCGGUACUAAUGCCAACACAUAAUUCACCAUAGUUAAGUUUUAUGCACUACAGAAACCAUGGCACGAGGACCGCCCGAUAAUUCCACGAUUUUCACUCAAGAAGAGUUUGAAUCCGACAGCUACAAGAUGAAAAACAAAGUUAUGACUGUAUAUUUUUGCCUGCAUACGCCGCAUGGUCCGCCACAGUCUUAUAAACCAGUUGGAAUCGAUACGCCCAAUAAAUGUAUUGUCCCUUUCGAUGGAAAAGUCAGUCAAGUAGAUGUUGACGUUAAGACGAUGAACAAGUUCUACAGUGAGCGCUUCGGCAAAGAACAACUGGUGGUAAUGGUUUUCCCGAACUUUAGUUGGAACGAUAAAGAGGAACUCGAAAAACUGGACAAGAAAGCUAAGGGUUGUGACGCAUUCUUCUUUCAUUUCUUUACUUACCUGAAGGAUGGCGGAAAAGAAAAUUACAAGCUGGAGUUUGCGGGAGAAGCUCUGCCUCUUGACGAAGUCUUCGAGAAAAUAAAACUGCUCAAAUCCUUCUCUUCAAUGGCUCUUAAACCAAAGGUUUUCAUCAUACAAGCAGACGAUCUAAAUAUGUUGAAGCCAACGGUGAUUACAAAGGCCGUUCCCACGACGAAGAAGUAUAGGAUUCCAAGCGACGCAGAUUUCAUGGUCAUAAUGUCGACCAUUCCACAAGUUUUGGCUUCAAAACCCAGAACGCGACGAACGGAGGAAAAUCAGCCAGUUGUUCAUCCUUCUGAUCAGUCUAGUCACCAGACUGGUGCUGAAAAUUCAGACGGCCAAAAAUGCUCGCUGCUUGUUCAGGCUAUUGUAAACAUUCAAACUGAUCCAAAAUUUAAGGAUGAUGAUUUGUUUAGCAAUACUCCAGAAAUUCUCGGCAGGGUUCGAGAAAUUGUAGAGAAAACCGAUUUUGGUGACAAAUACAAAGACUAUCCGAUACCUGUACCGACAACCAUGUCUACUCUCACUAAAUUCUUGUACUUCAAACACCAAUGACGUUUACGGUGCUAUGAAGUUAGAACUAACUGAUAAAUUUCUUCUGUAACCGUGUUUGUUUACGUGCUGAUUGACAGUCUUUAUUGACCGUUUAAAAAUCGAUUAAUGGACGUUAAUACACACGCUUCAUGUGCAUGCGAUAUAACUUGUUUAAAUAAAUACUAGCUCCCAUCGCCGCGGAAUAAAAGCUAUUAUAUUAACAUUUAAGAUGUUAUUGUUAUUUUCUAUAACUAUUUUAACUAUAAUCUAAACAUUGCACGUAUUUUUCGUUUAGUGCAUAUACAUUCAUUAGCCAUGUGUAUAAUACCACAACAAAUUCGUAUUAUUACGUAUUAUAUCUUCCAUUACAAUGAUUGCACUUGCUCUAUGUUGUAAACGUACGUAUAAUGUAAAAUUUGUUGUAUUAUAUGCGAUUGCAGAGCAGAAACUGCACUUGAAUACAGUAUAUUUGAAUAAAACUUUGUAUUUGAA